CUUUCUGUCGAGUGAGCUUGCCUAGAUCGCUAGCUGUUCUGACAGGAACGCUUUGGCGCUCGUCCCCAGCUGGCGGUGGUCAGCGCAGGCGCAGAUGCUGAUUUGGUUGGUGCUGACGUCCAGUGCCGCAGGUCCCACAGUAAGCACUCGUUCACUGCAGCUUGUGCCAGAUACGGCGCGAAAUCCUGUUCCUCGGCCAGUGCUUGAUGGGAUGCCAAUUUGACGAACCCGUGUGACACCGACGCGAUGCCAGCGUGGCCGCUGGGAUAUCAGGUCUGCGCAUUGCUCUUGGCCUCCUGCCACUUCGCUGCAGUCAGCAUGGCGGCGCCUGGCGAGCCAGAGUCCGAGCACAGCGACCAAAGUUUCUGCAGCAGAUACCACUGCUGUACUCAUGAGCCGGGCCAUCUGAAUAUGGACUGCUCGGCCCGGAACGCCUCCGAGCUCCAAGCAGUCUCGGUUCCUGCGCCCAUUACGUCGCUGUCGCUGCAGCACAACCGCAUCUGGCACCUCCAGCGAGGUGCCUUCGCGUCGGCGCCCACAGUUUCGAGGCUGGACCUGUCAUACAACAACAUAGCUUCUAUGUCACGAGGCUGGUGGAUACCGGUCAGCGGCAGCCGUAGUAACGUGACUUCGGGGCUCAGGUCUCUCUCUCUGUCCAACAAUGCGAUGGGGAUCGUCAACAGCUCUUCCUUCCACGGACUGAACACGCUCGUGGCCCUCGACCUCAGCUACAACCAGCUGCGCAUCCUCAGCGGCGAAAGCUUCGCGGGAUUGACGAAUCUAGAGGAACUCGUGGUGGACCAUAACCCAAUAUACUACGUGCGGGGCAACGCCUUCACGCCUAUAGCGCGACUUCGCGUGCUUCAGAUGAACCACUUGGGACACGUGGUAAUUCCUCCAAAUGCCUUUCGUUUCGUGCCUGGCGUCAGGACUCUAGGGUUGGCCGGUAACGACCUCGGAGACAUUCCCUACCAGGCCUUACGGACGCUGAAGAUGCUGCGUUCGCUCGAUGUGAGCCGGAACCAGCUUAGAGUCAUCACCGGUUUGAGACUGUUUGGCUUGCCGUUGCUGAGCGUACUGCGUCUCAACGACCAGCCCGUGCUGACCAAGGUGGAUGCGCACGCCUUCGGACUCCUGCCCAACCUGAAGGAGGUGCAUCUCAGCUACAACCCGAAGCUGACGGAGUUGGACCCGGACGCCUUCAACAGCGAGUGGGCCGAACACCCGGUGCAGCUUGACGAGCUCCACCUGCGCCAGACGGGCCUGAGCAGCCUCUCCGCGAAGCUGCAGGAUUGGAACCGACUCAGGGCCGUUGACCUGAGCGAGAACGCGUGGACGUGUGACUGUCGGCUCAGUUGGAUGGCGCCGCUGGUGGACAGGCUGCGACCCGACGAGAAGCCCAGGUGCGCGGCGCCACUCGGCGUGAAGGGGCGUCCCGUGGGUGACUUGCUGCCUUACGAGUUCUCGUGCGGAGAUGCCGACUCGCCCGAGCUCACAUCGUCCAUCGUCAUGAUGUGCGUCAUCAUCGCAACGGCAGCAGUCACUUUCAUCGGCAUGGCCGUCUACGCAUACUCCAAGCGCCGAGAGGCACCACGCUACUCGCGCUUUCGCGACUCCACCGCCUCAUCCCAAGAGGUGCGCGCUUAGAGAGGCGUUAGGGGCGUUACGCCGCCCAGAAGGAACACCUCUCCAUAAGUUCCGGCCCCAGCUCACUGUGACGUCCUGGAUAUUGAAGGCGUCUGCUCAGGCAUGUAAUAGAUUUCACAUGGGCUUAGCCGAAUCCUAAGAAAACUACAGUCUGAACCUAGAGAGCUUUGAGAACUUUUACGGCGCUACAGUGGCCGAAAUGCGAGAAAACACAUUGAAAUCCAUCACCUCGUAUAUAGUUGGCGUACCGCUGGCGGAGUUAUGGCCCGUAGUUUAAGAAGUAAACAUUUGGCCUUUAUUCUCCCUUCUUGUAAUCACAUUCAAACCGUAAAAUCAACGAAAAUUGCGCUUUUUGAAAUGAAACUCUCUUAGUUUAAACUGAAUUAGCGUUUUUCUUUAGUGUCCCAUUAGCUCGACCCCGCACGGAUUCGACACCUAUAGAUCGACGUUAGAGGCUCUUCAAGUUUACACCGUUUCAAUUUCAGUGGGAAGAGUACGCGCUCGAUGGCGUCAUCUAACAGUAAAUGUGUGUGCGCGUAAAUGCGUUGCAUACGCGCAUUCGUCUGCUUCCUUUUGCCUCACCGCAUUGGCAUGACACAUUGUAUAUGUACACAUGUCUGAAUAAAGUGAAAAGCCAAA